UUUUUUUUAUCUAAAAUAUAAUAAAAAUAAAUAAAUAAAUAUUAUAUAUAUAUAUUCCUCAUGUUACCACAAGAAGUGGAUAGUUCAUCUGGAUUAUGGUCAAAUAACUCAAGUAAUGCUUCUCUACACGAAUAUACCCUUCCUCAACAAAGUGAAAAUAACAACAGGAAUAGUAUUGGACUAGGUGAUAUUUCCGUAGGUGAUAUUCUUGAAAUUUAUAAACAUGAUACCGAAUUAUUGAAACAUAUUUUAAUGGCAAAAGCUGAAGAAGAUAAACGACGAGCAGCUGAAGAAGUACGAAGAACUGAAGAGGCACGAUUACAAAGCAAAUACCUGGAUCUUGGAUGGGAACAACAGAAACGUAUUAGUGAUCCUUCAGCUUUUACAAAUGAUUUUCUUAGUGGUUCCUUAGGUUCCCUUGCUGUAUCCUCUACUGAUGGUGUUUCUGAUUGGCUUUCUAUUCCCCCUAACAAUACCAUAUCAACUUUAUCACCUUCUCCAAUGGCAGCAUCACUUUGUCAUUUUGAUCAAACUCCACCUUCUCCUACAACUUCUUAUUAUCGUCCACCUUCUCCUUUGACCACUACUUCAUUCGAUGUUCCUUUUGCCGAUUUGACCAUCUCUACACAAUCUUCUCCAGAACCAUUGGACUCUUCUUCCAACAAAAAUAAAACAAAACCUUCAUCUCCUUCUUCAGUUAAAAACAUCAAUACAUCAAAUCGAAAUAGUUUACCUCCACCACCACCUCCUCCUCCUCAUGAUGAUACGACAAAUGAUGAUCAUAUACCUCCAACAAAAAGUGCAUGCAAACGUACAUUAUCUCGUACUCGAUCUCAACGACGACCUCAUGUUCCUGGCAAGAAAAAGAACCGAUCCCUUACUCUCCCUCAACAACAACAACAACCAGAAGAAGAAGAAUCUGAAUCAUUAUCUGUCAAAGAUGAACCACAAUUGGAUCAUGAUAGAGUCAUGGAAGCUUUACGUGCAAAAUUACGACGAUCAUCCAAUCCACCCACUUUAUCCAGUGGUGACAAAUCAUCCUUAUCAUCCAAUAAUAAUCUCAUAUGGCCAUCAUCUGAUGAUACUGAUCAUCCACCUCAACCCAUGUCUCCUCAAGGAAUGUUAUUAUUGGACCUCAAGAAUCCACGUAAGGUAUUCCCUACUGUCAGCUCAACCAAUUCUUCUAAACGUACAACAAUGAAUCCCAGGGUAGCAGUACUACGACGGCCUCGACCUUUCACCUCAGCCCAUAAUCAUUGUGAAAAAUCAAAGGAUACAUCAACAACAACUCCCGUUACCACCAAAUGAAAUGAAAGAUGAAGAAGAAGAAAAAAAAAUAUAUCUUUUUUUAGUUUACUACUCUCUUUUGACUGUCUACCUUUUUUUUUUUUGUGUAUAUAUUAUUAUCAUUUAUUUAGUUUGUUUGUGUGUUACUUUUUUUACAUCUAUAUUUUUAUUAUCGUUGUUUUUACAUAGUUCCCCUACUAUCUUUAUUUUGUAUUAUGGAAAUAAUAAAAAAAUUUUAUGUCUUUUUUUUUGUUGCUGUUGUUG